AUGUCUUCAUCGGAAGGACAACAAUCGUCGGAUUUAGACGACGUCCACGUCAGGGAAGGAAACUGCGGAAAUCAUGAAAAUGUCCAAGGUCAAACUCCAGGGCCAUCCCCCAACGCUGCAGUUUUCGCUCAAAUGGAAGUAAAAAUGCGACGCAAAUUGCAGUUUUUCUUUAUGAACCCAAUAGAAAAAUGGCAAGCUAAACGUAAAUUUCCUUACAAAUUCAUGGUACAGGUCAUAAAAAUAAUUUUAGUGACGCUUCAGCUCUGCCUCUUCGCUCAUAAUAGAUACAACCAUGUGAAUUAUACUUGGGAUAACAGAAUCAGUUUCUCCCAUUUGUUUUUGCUUGGCUGGGAUUCAACGAGGGAGAUAAAUGCAUACCCACCUGGGGCUGGACCUCUUGCUGUUUAUAAAGUUGAUGAAUUCUAUAGUGCUCUGGAUUAUGCAUAUGCUGGAUUCUCGAAUUUGACAAAUGCCAUUGGCCCAUAUUCCUACAAUAAUGAAGAUAAUAAUAAAACUGACCCACAGUUCUGCACCUAUUAUUUUAAAAAGGGCAUCAUCAAUGGUUUUAAUGAAAGCUAUGAAUUCAAUUCAGAAAUUAUAUACAAUUGCAUCAACUUCACUAAUUCUGAUAACAAGCUGUUCAAAUCUCAAGAAUUUAUAGAAAAUAGUGGUCUGAGUGUUGAUUUUGCUGCAUUAGUGAGGGCAGAAUUGAUGUUUUCAUUGAAGACAAUAAAUUUCAGGGCCGCUGGACCAAUUACUCCGCCUGAUUGUUUUCGAUUUGAUAUAGCAAUAAUAUUUGACAAUGAAGACCACGACGGCCAGAUGUCUCUAACACUGGAAGCAGACCCUUACAAGUUGACUUGUAAGGGUGACAAAUCAUACAUCACCAACAAUGAGAUAGAUCAAAUACUCAGAAGCAUUUUAAACAUAUUUGUCAUACUUAUAUGCAGUGCCUCAUUGAUUCUAUGCAGCCGUGCCAUUUACCGAGCUCAACUGCUAAAAGAACUGACAGUACAAUUCUUUCAUCAAGCUUAUAAUAAGAAGCUCAGUUUAGAUGGUCGUUUGGAAUUCUUGAAUAUUUGGUAUAUAAUGAUUAUUAUUAAUGAUAUCCUUAUAAUCAUGGGAUCAGCUAUCAAAGAACAAAUUGAACGCAACCAAUUCACAAAUGACCAGUGGAAUGUGUGCUCCUUAUUCCUGGGUGUGGGAAACCUCCUAGUCUGGUUUGGAGUACUCAGAUAUCUAGGAUUCUUUAAAACUUAUAAUGUUGUCAUAUUAACUUUGAAGAAAGCUGCACCAAAAAUAUUUAGAUUUUCUUGUUGUGCCCUUCUUCUUUAUGCCGGUUUUACGUUCUGCGGCUGGCUUGUUCUUGGUCCCUAUCAUAUGAAAUUCCGGUCACUGGCCACGACUUCUGAGUGUUUAUUCUCAUUGAUAAACGGUGACGACAUGUUUGCGACAUUCUCGAUCAUGUCAAAAAAAUCGCCAAUGCUGUGGUGGUUCAGCCGCGUGUACCUCUAUUCCUUCAUUAGUCUGUAUAUAUACGUAGUGCUUAGUUUGUUCAUAUCCGUCAUUAUGGACGCUUACGACACUAUCAAGCAGUACUAUAAGGAGGGAUUCCCUAAAAACGAUCUUCAGAAAUUCAUUGGGGAGACAUGCAUUGAAGAGGUUUCCUCUGGCCUCUACAGAACUCAUAGUUCGUCUUCGCUUAACGCUAUAAUGAAUUCUUUGUGCUGUUGCAAUGUCUAUAGAAGCGCGUAUUCAAAAAUAGGAGGCGGUACCUCCACGUUAAAUUUAUUUUAG